UUAGUUUGCCUAACCAAAAUGUUCCAGACAAGUUUGUGGUUAGUUCUCUUUCCGUUUAUCGCUGAGGGAUUAGGUUUUGGCUACAAGUCGUUCACGAUGACCUUUGUGUCGAUAACGCAGUCUAAUGCAUCUGCGGUGUGGGAUCUCAGUAAAACGCGAUUGAUUGGACGAGAAAGGAUGUUAAAUGGAACCGCUACGCUAAGCGAGAACCUGACUGAUGACCACUGGAGCUUUACCGUAGAGCUCUAUUCCGACUCGACCGGAGAGGGCAACUACAAACUGUUGCCUUUUGGAAUUCAAAAUACACCCGCUUGCAAGGGGUACAAAAAAUAUCGCAGAUACUUUUCCAAUCAUGCCAAAUAUGGAGAGCAAACCGAUUUUCCCCUGCAUCUGGAUGUAUGUCCCAUACCAAAGGGGACUUACUUUUUGAAAAACAUCAUACUGAGCGAGGAUGGCUAUCCACCAUUUGUGCACAGGGGCUAUUUGUUGGUCAACGGAACGUACUACUACGACGGCAUAAACACAGGCUACUAUACCAUCGUUGUUCGCUUGGAAGAUGCGGAAUAA